ACAUCUGCUUUUGUUUAUAUACAUUGUGGUUAUGCUGAAAUAAAACUAUUAUAAUGUUUUUGGUAAAUUUGUAAUUUCCAUUACAAUUUAGAUGCCGUGGACGUUAAAAUGCAGUCCUUUCCUUUCAAAAUUAAUAGAAAAGGUUUCCUGCAGAAUACAGACAUUUCUAACUCUUUAUGUAUCAGCUUUAAUGUUUGUGAUAGCAGUAUCUACAAAUGAAUGGUUUUUAUGUGGAACCAAAGUGAAAACGGGCAUAUGGAAUAUAUGUCUCUUCCAACCCGCAUCGAACCACUGGAAAUGUGAUUCCUUUAAAUCUGAUUUUGCAGUGGCUGUUCAAGCAUUUUCGGUGAUGUGUAUUUUUGGAUAUGUUCUGACUGUAGUAUUUCUGAUCAUCUUUAUAAAAUGUCCGACCUCGUCGUCUACAAUGUUCUCUCUUACAUUGUCGUUAUGUUUGUUGUGUUUGAGUAUAGCCUGUUUACAGAUGAUGACAAUGAUAGUGUAUGCCAUCAAGGUCAAAGAUAGUAUUAUCGAUGUAAUCAGAAUGAACUUCUCUCAACAUAGUUCAUCUAUGUCAUGGUCCUUUGGUUUAGCACUGAUCUCUGUUGUCAUGACAACUGUGUCAGCCGUUCUGGCCUUCAGUGAGAUAAGAAAAAUAACAGGAGGAGACUCUAAUGGGGUCACUGGUCCUGUCUGAGCCUCAGAUAAGUUUAUUUGCACUAUGGUGUUUGCUUGCCAAAAUUUUGUUAUAUAAUAUAUAGAGUGCAAUGUUAAAAAAUAUUAAAGAUUGUUUUAUAUGA